AUGCCACCAGUUCUUGUUGUGAACGAAAUGAUGAAUUCGCGAAUCUACGAUGGCUCCAAGUUUCGGCUCCAGCGCGUCAGCUGGUCAAACGGAAUCCUGCAAGUGGACCUCGGCCUCACCGGCUACAAGGAGUAUCUGGGCACCCACGGCCGGUGCUUGGAGGAGCGCAGGCAGCUCGAGGAAGACGGGCUCCGAGACUUCGGGGACAAGGCCGCUCAUUUCUCGCAAGCCCUGGGCUGUGAAGCCGUCUUGGCCACUGCAGACGGCCAGGCCGUGCUCCUGCGCCGCAGCGGUGCUGUGGGAACUAACUCGGGAUUGUACAACGGGCCCAGUGGACACCCGGAGCCAAAGAAUGUGAGCGAAGCCUCAGCCUCCAGCAGCGCCGUUCAGGAGGAGCUCUUCAGGUCAGUUGUCGACGAGGCCGUGGCAGAGACGAAUGUGCCACGUGAGAGCCUGGCGGAGCCAGAGUUGAUGGGUUUCAUGGCAGAUUCGACCGGCAAGCCCGAUGUGCUCUUCCUGCUGCGAACGGCCUUCACCUCGGAGGAGGUGCAGCUGGCAUACUCCAAAGGGGCUGAAGAAGCCUGGGAGUCUGAUCGUCUUACGUUUUGGCCGCUGGCGAAGCUGCAUGAGUGCAGCUUGCCCCUCACCGCUGUGACCCAAGCGGCCAUCGCUUGCCUCCAGCUCCACUCGCCGGUGCAAUGA